AUGAAAAGCUGUAAAUCCAGUCACCUGGACUCAGGUGCGGAGCCGGGCUCGCAGUGCAGGAGCGGAGCGGGCUGCGUUGUGAAGUGCGGCUCGGAAAGGAUGGAGAACGCUGCCAAGAGGAGGCUGGCUGCCAACGCCCGCGAGAGGAGGCGCAUGCAGGGCCUGAACACGGCCUUCGAUCGCCUGAGAAAGGUGGUUCCGCAGUGGGGGCAGGAUAAGAAACUCUCCAAGUACGAGACCCUGCAGAUGGCUCUGAGCUACAUCAUGGCUCUGACCAGGAUCCUGGCCGAAGCUGAGAGGUUCAGCACGGAGCGAGAGUGGCUCAGCCUGCACUGCGAGCGCUUCCACGGCGACGGCUACCACCGCUACCCGGCACAGAAAGCCGCGGCCGACAGCGAUCCCUACGCACAGAGGGUGUUCGGCUACCACCCCGAGCACUUCCAGAUAGCUAAUUAG